CCGGGCUCAGGGCGGCUAACAACAAGAAUAUCAAAGCAAGCAUAAAAGAAACAAUUCAAUUAAAAUGCAGAUUAAAUACAAUGUUAAAAUUCCAUUUUAAAAUUAGGAAUCUACAAGUGCAACCUCAUUUAAAUAUAUGUAUGGAGAAGUUGUUCAAUGUUCAAUGUUUUAUUAUGCUUUUAUAUAGGUUGGAAGCUGCCCAGAGUAGCUGGGACAACCCAAUCAGAGCAACGAGAUACAAAUAAAAUAAUAAUAAUAAUAAUAAUAAUAAUAAUAAUAAUAAUAAUAAUAAUAAUGGAAUAGGACGUCCCUAUUUCAAUCAAAGAAUUGUUGUAGUUCAUUGGUACAACAUCUGUUCUGCAUGUAGAAGGUCCCAGGUUCAAUUCCUAGCAUUUUCAUGUAGACUCUGGAAGGACUCCCUGUCUGAAAAACUAGAAAGCCACUACCACUCGGUAUAGACCACCCUGAGCUAGUUGAACCAGUGGUCUGACUCGGAAUAAGGCAGCUUCUUAUGUUUCUGGCUAGGAAACGAACAUUUGUAUGCCCACAACCCCGAGGGACUCAUUUGCAUCCAGACUUUGCCUCUGGCCCACCUCUGAAAUUCUACCCCUUAAAUGUGCUUAAAGAUUUCAGUGGGGUUGGGAGUUUUACUAGGGUUGAAAAGGCUGGUUUGCUCCGUAAAUGCUGCUAGACCAUGGUUCUGCUAGCACCACCAUCUCUAUGCUUUCUGGGUCUUUUCUUUGCAGGCAAUGCAGAAGCGAUGCUGAACCAGCCUAGCUCUAUGCUGGCACCCCCGGGAAGUGUCACUCAGCUCCCCUGCACCCUGCCUAGUGGCAGCAUCGCAAGCCACACCAUCGUCUGGCUCCAGCGGAAGCACCAGGGCUCUCCCAAACGCAUCUUGUAUUACAAAGAUGAAUCGAACCAACAUAAAGCCUCGGGGGUUCCUGAUCGCUUUUCUGCUUUCAAAGAUGCCCAAAGCAGCACCUGCUACCUCACUAUCUCUGGGGUCCAGGCAGAGGAUGAAGGCAUCUAUUACUGCCUGACAUCGGCAGGGGGAGAGUACCACAGUGCUUUAGCUUAAGGGAGAACCAAGACCAAAACUCCGUCCCAUCCCCUUGGGGAGUAGGCUGUAGACACAGCUGAUAAGGAAGUCAAGUUGGCAGAUGGAUUUGCAUGAAGACACUUGUCAGAGUCUAGAUUCUAUUUUUGUACUUUGGGCAGCGAACGAAAACCCUCCAAACCACGAUUGUGUUUCAGUUCCCACUUGUACAGACCAAUAACAAAUCCCUUCUCUCUGAUUUCAGAUCCUUAGGUAGCUAAAUGUCACCACCUACAGAGAAGAGGGAGCUCCUUGGAGGCUUGGUGGUGGUGAGGAGGAAUCGAAAGGUUUGCAGAAGUACAAAAUGCGGCGAGCCAGUGUGGUUGGGUGGUUAGGGCUCAGACUAGGACCUUGGAAAUCAGGGUUCAAGUCCCCCUAGGCCACUAAGUGGAGUAGGUUAGGCCAAAAGACAGAGACUGGCCCAACCUCACAGGGUUGUUGUGAGAACAAAAUAGAGAGGAGAAGUGUGUAUGACACUCUCAGUGCUUUAGAGCAAAGGUGGAGUGUUAAUGUAAUCAA